AUGGCAAAGGACCAACAACAAAGGGUAAAAAUAGCAGCAUUAGAUUGUGCACAGGAGGAACAAAGAAAUGUGUGUGCCAGUGCUUGUGUUAGUGCCAGUGCUUGUGUUAGUGCCAGUGCUAGUGCCAGUGCCAGCGCCAGUGCUUGUGUUAGUGCCUGUGCCAGCGCCAGUGCUAGUGCCAGUGCCAGUGCCAGUGCCAGUGCUAGUGCCAGUGCCUGUGCUAGUGCCAGUGCCUGUGCUAGUGCCAGUGCCAGUGCCUGUGCUAGUGCUAGUGCCAGUGCCUGUGCUAGUGCCAGUGCCAGUGCCUGUGCUAGUGCUAGUGCCUGUGCCAGCGCCAGUGCCAGUGCCUGUGCUAGUGCCAGUGCCAGUGCCUGUGCUAGUGCUAGUGCCUGUGCUAGUGCUAGUGCCAGUGCCUGUGCUAGUGCUAGUGCCUUGCCAGUGCCGGUGCCAGUGCCGGUGCUGCACGGCUGCCAGUGCAAGCCCGUCCCCUACAGCGGCACAUCCCGCCCACGGGCGCUGUGA